GGUGGAAGUAACUGGUGGAACUUGGACGUGAGGCAUUGCUUAGGCCACGACGCCGGAGGACCUUGAUGCUCGGCACCCGUGCCCAAAAGUAGCCCGUAGCGGUUCGGGCGGACCACAGGACACUACUCGGAGGGCAUAAAGCUUGGUGUUUCGAAACGUUGACGCGUUAGUGUGGUGUUCGCAGUGGAUCAGUAUCGAUCGCAGACGAACUGCCGAAGAGUGAGCGAGUGCAUGCGUGUUUACAGUGCAGAUCGAAUUCCUUCGAAUAAGAGCUUAGGAUCGUGCAAGUGAAACACCGCAUAUUGUGCCAAUCUAGACGAAAGUCCCGAAAUUAUGGCGCCACCACCGUCAGGAAGCUACGAGUCGGUGACAGAGUUUUACUCGAAUACCGAUGUGUUUCUUACCGGCGGAACGGGAUUCCUGGGUAAGGUGUUGAUCGAAAAGCUGUUGCGCUCCUGUCCAGAUAUCGGGCGUAUAUUUGUACUGAUGCGAAGUAAGCGUGGCAAAUCGAUUGAGCAACGUGUGGCCGAGCUUGCCAACUGUCCUCUGUUCGAUCGACUGAAGGAGGAAAACCGGGAAGCACUCGCCAAGGUGGUGCCCGUGUACGGCGAUAUUACGCAGCUUCGCCUCGGCAUGCACGAGGAGGAGAUGCAGCGGCUCAGCAAGGUGACGGUGGCAUUCCAUCUAGCGGCUAGCGUGCGCUUCGAUGAUCCAUUAAAGGAUGCGAUUAAAACAAACAUCUGCUCGACGCAGGAGAUGUUUGAGGUGCUCCAGAGGGCCGCUCCCAAAGUACGUGCCGUGGUGCACGUGUCGACGGCCUACAGCAACCCCGAGAUUCGAUCAGUGGAGGAAAAGCUCUACCCGCCAAAGUAUGACUGGAGGAAGCUGGUGCAAGCGGCGGAUCGUUGCGACGCGCCCACCUUAGAUGCCGUAAUGCCAAAAUUGUCGCAAAACUCGCCAAAUAGCUACACCUUUACGAAGGGACUGGCGGAGCAUGUGUGCCGCGAUUACAGUAACCAGUUGCCGUUGGCCAUCGUGCGCCCAUCGGUAGUGAUGUUCCCGAUUCAGGAACCAAUGGUUGGCUGGGUGGAUAAUUUUAACGGGCCGACAGGAUUGCUGGUGAGCGCAGGCAUGGGCAUCACAAGAACCGCGUACAUUCAACAGACGAACCGCAUCAACAUCAUCCCGGUCGAUGUCGUCGUCAAAAAUCUCAUACUGGCCGCCUGGAAAAGGGGCACGAUCGAACGUGACGCCGGCCCGGGCCAUCUUCCUAUCUAUAACAGUGCCGUCACCUAUCAGCAGUCCGUCGAAUACAAAGAAAUGUUGGAUCGUGGCAAGGAAUACUUGUUCGAGGUGCCUUUCAGUCGCAUGCUUUGGGUUCCCGGUGGAUCACCGACGGACUGGAAAGCAUGGUACUAUGUGAAGCUCUUGUUCACAAUGAUUCUGCCCGCAUUGUGUUUGGACAUUUUACUACGAGUACUAGGCCACAAACCAUUCUUAAUGAAUCUACAAACUAGAAUAUAUGUGGGCCAACUCUCGAUACAGUACUUUGCGUGGCACGAAUGGCACUUUGAGACUAAGCAGAUGAAUAGUUUGCCCCAUUUCUUAAACGAACAGGACCGAUCGGCUUUCGGAUGGUACUUGCCCAAUGAAACUCUGACGGGGGAUUAUCUGAAGAACGCAUACAUUACCAUCAGGCGUCAUCUGGUGAAGGAUCCCGACGAGACGAUCGCUUAUGCCAAGCGGAAGUUAGCACGCAUGAUGCUUUUCGAGCGUAUCAUACAGCUAACUGCCUUCGGAUUGGUGUUGGUCGGAGUCUGCCGGUCAUUUUUUGGCGGUAGGUUUAACGAGUUGUAAUAAAAACGUUCCAUAAUGU